GGACAGAGCCCGGUGCCAGGGGGGCGGGGCCGCCGGGCGGCGGGGAAGGGGAUUGGGUGGGGGGCGGGAAUCCUUGACCCUAAACCUCUCCCUGUGUUGGGGUGCGACCCCCCCAUCUGCUUUAGCCCCUGGGAUUUGGGGGGCCGGGGAGAGCUGGGGGCAGAGGAAGGUGUGGGGGGACCAGAUCUACCCCCCCCGGCUGGGAUCUAUCCCCCACACCUCAGACUCACCCCCCAUUUCCCGGGGGGGGGGGCGGAUAAAAAGCUUUUCUCCCCUUCUGAUCUCCGAGGUGGAAACUUCCGUGUUUCGGGGGUGGGGUUGCCACGUGGAGGGGUUCCUGAGUUUAUAAAGUGGGGGUGUCCCGCCCCCCCCUCGUCCAGUCCAGGGGGGAAGUUCAACCAUAACCCCUCCCCCCAUUGGGAAUCGAAAGGGGAAGUGGGGGGAGGCGGGGAGCAGGAGAGAGGGGCUAUGUCCCCCCAUCACCCUCCCACUCAGAAAUCCAGUUGGGACCCCCCCACACACACCCUGACUCCCCCACCCCCCGAACCUCUGGAAAUCAGAGGAAUUCUGCCCUCUAUUGAGCCCCCUCCAACGGGCCUGGUGGGCGACUUUCAUUCUCAUGACCCCCCCGAUCCAAUUAACUGACCCUGAUCCCCCCCCUGCUGCCCCCCAUUUAUUUUAAAUCCCUGGUUUUUUUAAACGUUGACCCUCCAAAGUAACCCAAUUUUGGGGUGUGUGAAAACUUUUUAAAAACUUUCCCCCCUAGAUACCCCCUAUUCCCCAGGACUCCCCCCUUGGGCACAAUUCCAGCCCCCCCCCCACCUUCCCCCCACCCCAGGACUCCUAUCACACCCCCGGGUGCCCCACCUUUGGCUUUGGGGGUAGUGGGGGGGUUUAAGAACCUGGGAAACAGGGUGUCAGAGCUAGAGGGGAGGUGCCUGGAUCCCCUGAUUGGGGUGCAAGAGGGCGGGUUGCCUUUGGAGGACAGGGGAAGGGGGCUCCAGGGGAGAGGAGCAGGGCAUGGAGGAGAUUUUCGGCGAGGAAGGGGAGUCGGCCUCCCCUGCGCUCUGCGAGGAGCUGGUUUCGGGGCUGGCUGCAGGGCUCUAUGGAGAGCUGGAGCGGCUAGUGGGGGCCUACGGGCGGGGGGCAGUGGCCGGGCUGCUGCCCCAGCUGGUCUCAGUGCUGGAGGCUCUGGAGCGAGCCGGGGGACAUAUCCGGGAGCGGGAUGAAGCGCUGGAGCUGCUGCGGGACGACCGGCUCGGGCUCCUGGGCCAGUAUGAGCGGGAGCGGGCCGGGCGCAAGAGAGCCGAGGAGCGCUACAUGGAGCUGGAGGACGCGGUGGAGCAGGAGCGCAAGGGGCACAAGGCGGCGCUGAGCCGGCUGGACGGGCAGAGCCGGCGGCUGGAGGAGAAGGCCCGGAGCUACGCAGACCAAUUGGCCAGCCUGGAGGAGCAGAAAGUCGCCUUGCUCAAGGAGCUGUCAGCCCUGGCCCAGACCCACGGCAAGAUGGUUCAAAGCUACACGGAGCUGAAGGCCCUGACGGUGCCGCCCCCUGCCCCCCCGGCCCCCCGGCCCAGCAGCGCUGCGUCAGCCCCCCACCAGCCUCCCCUGUUUCUCCCCAGCACCUCGGACCCCGGCUGCCCCAAGCCCCCCAAGGGCUCUGCGGAGGCUCCGGGCCCAGUCCCGGUGGAGGGGACCCCUGAACCCCAGCAGGACGGGGAGGGGCCCACCAGGAACAGCCACCCACUGGCUCAGGAGCUGCCCCUGCCCACCAGAGACGGCUCCCCACAGAUUUGCCAGGAGUUGGCCGAGAUCUUGAGCUCCACCCCGGAGCUGGACCCCACUCCAUAUCUGCCAGCCAGCCCCCCAACCCCGCAACGCAACAUGGAGUCGCUGUUCGCCGAGGUGUCGGGCCUGAGCCUCGAGCUGCUGGGGGACGUGGACGAGGGAGCUGAUCUGCAGGGUGAUGCCGUGCAGACCCUGAUUAUGGAGAAUGCCGAGCUCCGGGAUACCAGGCUGGUGCUGGACACUGCACGCCGACACCUCAUUGCCCGGGUGGAGGAGCUGACAGGCGAGCGGGAAUCGCUGCGGGGGGAGCGGGACGGGGCCACCGAGGCCCUGAGCCGCUGCCAGGGGCGUCUGCGUGAGACCGAGCAGGAUCUGAGCAGGAUUCGGCAGGAGCUGGAGGAAAUCAAGAAGCAAAACAGUGACGAUGCUGAGGUGGAGGCCCAGGCCGCGCAGCGGAAGCGAUUCACGCGGGCGGAGAUGGCGCGGGUGCUGACCGAGCGCAACCUUUACAAGGAGCGGCUGAUGGAGCUGCAGGAGGCCGUGAGGCGCACGGAGAUGCUCCGAGCAUCUCGGGAGGUCCAGGCGGCUCAGAUGAAGAAAUCGUCCUUCUGGAAAUUCUUCGACCGGCUCUUCAGCACCAACGACUCCCCUGAGCGGGUCCCGGCGUCGUCCCCGGUGUCUGAGCACGGGGGCAAUGGGGGCAGGGCACCCCCUGCUGCGAGGUACCUGCCCCGCCCUGCCUCCCCCGCAGACACGGGGGAGCCCCCCAAUCUCUCCCCCCAGCAGCAGAAGCGGGACCUUUACCGCCAGAUCCGCUCCCACAUCUGGAAGCAGCACGGCCGGGCCCCGGUUCACGGCUGGAGCCCCCCGGCCGUCCCCCAGGUUCGGGCGGAGCAGGCGGAGGGCCAGGAUCUACCCAUGCUGGCACAGCUGCGGCUGCUGGACCAGAAAGAUCCCAGCACCAAGUUGUGGUGUGCCGUCGGGAUGGGGAUGCCUAGGACAGACGGUGGCGACUUGACGGCACCCUGGCCUGCCCCCCCCAGCCUGCUGUGGGUCUGCUCUGGGACACACUCGGCCAGCGAGGUCACGGUGAUGGACGCUGCCCGCGCCAACCUUGUCCUGGCCCAGUUUGUGCUGCCCAACGCCCAUGUGCUGUGUGUCGCCUGGCUGCCCGGUCACCAGCCACCCAGUCCUGAGAGCACAAAGCUGGAACCUGAGAUCCUGGAAGACCCCUUGGCCCCCGACCCCCCAGAACCAGAGGAGGAGGCGGGGACCCCGGACACGGACAGUGAUGCCAUUGGUACCAUGGACACUGUCUGGCUGGGCACCCAGGAGGGCAGCAUUUCCAUCUACUCGGCCGGUUCUGACUGGCGCCGGUGCCUGCGGACGGUGCAGCUGAAGGAUGCCGUGCACAGCGUGGUCCACGCCCAGGGCCGUGCAGUGACAGCGCUGGGGAAUGGGACUGUUGCCAUCUUCCACCGGGACGCCGCCAGCUGCUGGGACCUGCAGCGCCCCCGGCUGCUGGACCUGGGGCGCCCCCGCCAGUCCAUCCGCUGUGCCCUGGCCGUGGGGAGCCAGGUCUGGGUCGGCUACCGCAACCGGAUCUAUGUGGUGGAGCCGCGCAGCGCCAGGGUCCAGCGGUACUUUGAGGUGACCGGGCGCCCCGAGAGCCAGGUAAGGCACAUGGCGUUGGCGGGCGACGGAGUCUGGGUCUCGGUGCGGCUGGACCCCACCCUGCGCCUCUUCCAUGCAGCCACUGGCCAGCCCCUGCAGGAGAUCGACCUGACGCCCUUUGUCCACAGCAUGUUCGGCCCGAACACUCUGGGUUUCUCCCUCCACGUCUCAGCCCUGGGCUGCUUCUCCCAGCGACUGUGGAUCGGCACGGCCAGCGGCACUGUCUUGACCGUGCCCUUCGCUCCGGAGUUCUCAGGGCGCGCAGAGGCCCCCCCGGCCGCGAGGUGCCAGCUGGGCCCGUCGCCCGCCAGCACCCCCUACUGUGCGAUGGAGAGUGCCCAGGCUUCCUACCACGGGCACCGUGAUGCCGUCCGGUUCUUUGUCUGCGUCCCAGGCUGCCUUAACUCUUCGCUGGCCGGGAGCACUGAGAGCCGUGAGGAGGGAGCUGGGCAGAAGCAGCCCACGGCUUUGGUGCUGAGCGGAGGAGAGGGGUAUAUCAACCUCCGGAUCGGGGACGACACAGACGAUCAAUUUGGGGACCUCUUGGUGCCCAACCCCCGUCUGCGCCGCUCGGAGCGCAGCCACCUCAUUGUGUGGCAGGUCCGGGCCUGAGGCCGGGAUGAUGGGUGCAGACGCUGGGCCCGGCCUGCCCUGUGAGCCACCGUGUCCACCCCAUCACACCCAGAUACCAGCUCCAGUCCUGGGGGGGUAGAUCCUUCCAGCUCCUGAUGGUGUGGGUGGGUGGGUGUGGGGGGGGGG